AUGGUCUUCACUGACAGUGAAGACGACGAUCUGGAUGCCCCGCGCAUCCAACGAGAAGGUGCUCAUAACGCCGAAACCGUCGCAGACAAGGUAAACAGAAAUUUAAAUGAGAUGACUGAUGCCAGUUCAAGCACAGCCAGCGAGGCGGCAAUUUCAGACCGCGCAAUAGGGUACGACGAUCGAAAUACACAAAAGAGACCUCGCUCUGAGCCUGCUCUAGCUAGACAUAUUCUCCACGAUUCCGCCGAUGAAGAACUUGAGCGGCUUGAGCAGGAAUGGAGGGAAGAUGGAGAGGAGAUGGUCAAGAGCACAACACCAAAGAAAAAAAAGAGAAGAAGGAUGACCGCUACAAUUGCCAACGUUGUCGACAAUGAGCUUGCUCCUCGUUCGAAGUCUAAAAAGGCGACAGGUACAACAGGAGUCGGAAGACGUGGGCCUACCAGGAAACGCCGGAAAGUAAGAGAGUACGGCAACUCCGACUCGGACGAGGAUCUCAUGGAAUGGACCAUGCCGGACCACGUCCGAAAUCGAAGAGCAAAAUUUGACGAGCGAGCAAAGCAAUUGAAAGAAGGUGGCUUGGCCCUGCCGCCCACAUAUGACAAUGUGGAAUUCUCGGAUACUGAGAGACUGCAGGAGCUGAGAGAGCGGCCGGACUUUCCCCCAUCAAGCGCGUCUCGAGAAUACAAGGAUAUUGAACUGCGGUAUUCACUUGGUCUCAUCCCUGCUCCAAUCGCACAAUUCUUGCGCGAAUACCAGGUCAAGGGCGUGGCGUUCAUGCAUGAACUUUUUGUCUAUCAGAAGGGCGGAAUUCUUGGUGACGAUAUGGGUUUGGGCAAGACUGUACAAGUGAUUGCAUUCUUGACCGUAGCUUAUGGCAAGACUGGGGAUGAACGUGAUCAGAAGAGAAUGAGAAAGAUGCGACGAGCGAAUCAGUGGUACCCGAGAACUCUCAUUAUCUGCCCAGGUACGCUCAUGGAGAACUGGAAAGAUGAAUUUCGCCGUUGGGGCUGGUGGCAUGUCGAUCUCUACCACGGUGGUGCAUCGCAGAGACACGAUGUGUUCUUGCAAGCACAAGCGGGUAUGUUGGAAGUCAUGAUCACGACCUACCACACCUAUCGAGCCAACAAGGGGGAAAUCAACAUGAUUCAGUGGGACUGCGUCGUUGCUGACGAAUGCCAUAUCAUCAAAGAACGAAAAUCAGAUACCACCAAAGCGAUGACCGAAAUUAACGCACUCUGCCGUAUCGGUCUCACAGGAACCGCAAUCCAGAACAAGUACGAAGAACUAUGGACACUUCUCAACUGGACCAACCCUGGCAAACUUGGACCGAUAUCGACGUGGAAGAAUUCUAUUUGUAUACCGCUCAAGUUGGGCCAAAGCCACGAUGCUUCCCAGUAUCAACUGGCAAGAGCCAGGAAAACGGCAAAGAUGCUCGUUCAGAAUCUUCUGCCACAAUUCUUCCUCCGACGGACAAAAACCCUAAUCAAAGACCAACUGCCGAAGAAAUCAGAUCGCGUGGUAUUCUGCCCUCUCACAGUGACUCAGGCAAAAGCGUAUCAAAAUUUUGUCGACAGUGACAUCGUCCAAUACAUCAAAACAAGCGGUGAUCCCUGUACGUGUGGAAGGAAGAAAAAAGCGGGAUGGUGUUGCAGGAUGACGCUGGACGACGGCAGCACAUGGCAAAGCUGGGUGUUUCCUGCAAUCGCAAACCUUCGAAAUCUAUCGAAUCAUCUGGCGAUUCUUAUCCCACAAGGAUCGGAUCCAAUGGACAAACAAGCGAAGGAUCUCGAGAUGCUCCAGAUCGCAAUGCCCGAUAAGUGGAAGGAGAUCUACCAAACCCGUGACAGCAUUAUGCAUACUGGCAACCCAGAGUAUUGCGGAAAGUGGCGAGUGCUGAAGAGACUCCUCACCUUCUGGCAUGAACAAGGUGGUAACAAGGUGCUCAUCUUCUCGCACAGUGUCCGCUUGCUUAGGAUGUUGCAGAACUUGUUCAUCAGCACAAAAUUCAAUGUCAACUAUCUUGACGGAGGCAUGCAAUAUGAGGAUCGGUACGCGGCUGUCAAAGAAUUCAACAGCGACCCGACACAAUUUGUCUUUCUCAUCAGUACUCGGGCCGGUGGUGUUGGAUUGAAUAUUACGUCGGCCAACAAAGUUGUCAUUGUAGAUCCGAAUUGGAAUCCCAGCUACGACUUGCAAGCGCAAGAUCGAGCUUACAGAAUUGGUCAGACGAGGGACGUAGAAGUAUUUCGCCUGAUCAGUCAAGGUACUCUGGAAGAGAUCGUGUACGCUCGCCAGAUCUACAAGCAGCAGCAAGCCAAUAUUGGAUACAACGCAACAUCUGAGCGACGUUAUUUCCAAGGUGUGCAGGAUAGCAAGGAUCAGAAAGGGGAGAUCUUUGGAUUGAAGAAUCUUUUCGCCUACCAGAACGAGAAUCAGGUCCUGCGCGACAUCGUGAACAAGACCAACAUUGCAGAGUCGAAAGCCGACGUCCGGGUCGCAAAUCUUGAGCUUGAAGAGCACGAACGCGACACUGAUGCCGAAGAAGACGCUAUCAAAGAUGAAGGUGGUGCGCCACGUCGAAUAAAAGCUGAGCCAGAUUCGGAAGACGCAGCAAUGUCCCAACUCGCGGCUGAAAUCAUUGGGGAGGAUGGCCGAUCAUCUCGCUCCCGCUCAAAAACACCUUUCGGUGUAACGAAAUCGGCUGUCAAAAAACAUGAUCCAGUCCAAGCCAUCCUCUCCUCUGUUGGUGUGUCGUAUACGCAUGAGAACAGUGAAGUGGUUGGCUCUUCGAAAGUCGAGGCGCUCCUGUCUAAACGAGCCGAAGAAGCCGCAGCCAACAACAGACACUGGGCCACCCAAGAGCAACAAGCCAAAGUAUUCUUGGAUGACGCAUCACAAUCCCGACACAGCGGUGAGGACGAGGAUAUUUACGACUCCGUCUACGACCAUGCAUAUCACGAAGACCAGCACGACGGAACUCUCACGCCCGACGGUAGCAACGUGCGAUACAGGUACCGCCCACCUCAAGCCGUCCGGAAACGACAAUUCUGCAGCAUGGCCAGAUGGGCCGGCUACGGAGACGACGUGGUGUCCUUUGCGUUGGUAGUGGAGAAUUGGACGCAAGCGCAACGAAGAGAGUGUCUCGAUCGAUUCUAUCGCUAUAGGAGAGAUGUGCUUCGUGGACUUGUCAAGUCCGAGAGCUCUAGUGGGAAUGUGAAGAAAGAAGAAGCCAAAAAGGAAGACCAAGAGGACGUCAAGAUCAAGAGAGAGGAAAUGCAGGUGAGAGAGGGAAGUGUCAAGGCCGAAAACGACACUGAGCAAAACGACGCGUUGAAGCUCGGGGCAGACACAGGACCUAGGAAAGAGCCGGACACAGAGGCUGUGGAGAUUGAGACGGCAAGUGAAGAUGAAGACGAUGAGCUUUGA